AUGUAUGACAGAUAUAGACAUUAUAAGGAGCACGACACGAUACACCAUAACGGCAAGGUAGUUAAGCUAGGAAGAGUCAGGAGAAGAGGCAUCAUGGACCAACUCGGAGUGGUCUCGGACAGUGUAGCGCCAUGGCUUCUGGCCUCGCUCCUCGCCGCCGUCGCCUUCUUCCUCCUCAAGCUCGUCAGACAUGGCGGCAAGCAGGGCCGCCUUCCCCCGAGCCCCAUGGCACUUCCGUUCAUCGGCCACCUCCACCUCAUCCGCCCGCCUCCCCACCGCGCGUUCGACCGCAUCAUCAACCGCUACGGCCCGCUCGUGUACCUCCGCCUCGGCCCCUCCACCCACUGCGUCGUCAUCGGCUCGGCCGACGUCGCCCGCGAGGUCCUCAAGUUCGAGGGGAGCAUCCCGGAGCGCCCGCUCACGGCGGUCACGCGGCACCUCGCCUACGACUCGGCCGGCUUCGCCUUCGCGCCCUACGGCCCGCACUGGCGCUUCAUGAAGCGCCUCUGCAUGUCGGAGCUGCUCGGCCCGCGCACCAUCGAGCAGCUGCGCCCGGUCCGCGCUGCCGAGCUCGCGGGCGUCAUGAGCGCCGCGGCAGAGGCGGCCGCCAAGGGCAAGACCCUGGACAUGAGCAGGCAGCUCAUUCGCAUGUCCAACAACGCCAUCAUGAGGAUGGUGGCGAGCGCGCUGCCGGGCGACAUGGCCGACACGGCUCGGGACUGCGCCAAGAAGGUGGCGGAGCUGGUGGGCGCCUUCAACUUGGAGGACUACGUGGCGCUGUGCCGCGGCUGGGACCUGCAGGGGCUGGACCGGAAGACGCGCGACGUGCGCGACAGGUUCGACGCGCUGCUCGAAUCCAUGAUCGGGACCAAGGAGAAGGAGCGGCGUGAGGAAGCAGACGAGACCGAGACCAAGACCAAGGACUUGCUUGACAUUCUCAUGGACGCGGCGGCGGACCCGGCCGCCGAGGUCAAGCUCACCCGGGACAACAUCAAGGCGUUCAUCAUCGACAUCUUCACUGCCGGGUCGGACACGACAGCCACCACCGUGGAGUGGAUGCUGGCAGAUCUGCUCAACCACCCGGACUGCCUGCAGAAGCUGCGGGCGGAGCUGGAUGCCGUGGUGGGCAGGUCCCGGGUGGUGGGCGAGCCGGACGUGGCCCAGAUGCCGUACCUGCAGGCGGUGCUCAAGGAGACCCUGCGGCUGCGGCCGCCGGCGGUGUUCGCACAGCGGGAGGCGAUCGAGCCCAUACACGUCCGUGGGUACACCAUCCCUGUCAAGACGUCGGUCUUCUUCAACAUCUUCUCCAUCGGGCGCGACGCGGCGUACUGGGAGGAGCCGCUCGAGUUCCGGCCGGAGCGGUUCAUGCCCGGCGGCGCCGGCGAGGCCGUGGACCCCAAGGGGCAGCACAUGCAGCUCAUGCCGUUCGGGAGCGGGCGGCGCGCGUGCCCCGGCAUGGGGCUGGCCAUGCAGGCCGUGCCGGCGUUCCUGGCCGCGCUGGUGCAGUGUUUCGACUGGGAGGUGCCAAAUCCGCCGCUGGACAUGGAGGAGGAAGCGGGGCUGGUCACCGCGAGGAAACAGCCGCUCGUCCUCCUGCCCACGCAGCGCCUCCAUCCACUGCCCCUUCCUUAA